AUGCCAGAGAAGAAUCCUCCUACAUUGGAUAAGUAUGAUGGCUCGGCAGAUCCCGACAAUCAUCUCAGGAUAUUCACCAAUGCAAUGGUGUUCUACACGGACAGUGAUCCAAUUAUGUGCAGAGUCUUCUCCUUAUCACUCAAGGACAAAGCAUUAGAGUGGUAUAACACUCUUCCCACAAACACAGUGGAUUGCUUCGCCACGGUGGAAACCCUUUUUAGAAGGCAAUACGCCUCCAAUCGUAAUCAGGAAGUAACACCAGCGGAAUUGGUAAAUACUAAACAGGAAAAAGGAGAAACUUUGAAGGCCUUUAUGAAAAGGUAUAUUGAAACUGUAUGGCGAGUUAAAGAGGUAAAUCAGUCUUUUAUCAUCACCAAUUUGCCUUCAUGUCUAAGACCAGGAUAUUUUGCUGAAAAAUUGUAUGCAUGA